UCUGCACAAAGAGGAUCUGAAGCAGAACGGACGGAAAAACAGAACAAAUAUUUCCAGCAAGAGAAGAAUCAUGUACCUUCUGUGGUCUUUACUGUUUCUUCACGUCUCAGCACAACGUCAGUUUGCCAAGCAGCCAACACAGGAGGGCAGCGUGAGACUUGUGGGAGAUCUGGCUUCAUCUGGCCGUGUGGAGAUCUACCAUGAUGGACAGUGGGGUUCAGUUUGCGAUGACGAAUGGGACCAGACUGAAGCACAAGUGGUGUGUCGUCAGAUGGGUUUUUCUGGAGCCAUAACAGCCACAUCUGGAGUUAGUUUUCAAGCAGGCUGUGGUCCAAUCUGGAUGGAUAACGUGAAGUGUAGCGGCUCCGAGAGCUCACUGUCUAAGUGCAGCUUCAGCGGCUGGGGUGUUUCUGACUGCAAACAUGAAGAGGAUGCAGGAGUUGUCUGCGAGACUGAUGACAGCCCGAAGCAGCCAACACAGGAGGGCAGCGUGAGACUUGUGGGAGGUCUGGCUUCUUCUGGUCGUGUGGAGGUCUACCAUGAUGGACAGUGGGGUUCAGUUUGUGAUGACGAAUGGAACCUGGCCGAAGCGCAAGUGGUGUGUCGUCAGAUGGGUUUUUCUGGAGCCAGAACAGCUAUGUAUGGAGUACGAUUUCAAGCAGGCUGUGGUCCAAUCUGGAUGGAUAACGUAAAGUGUAAUGGCUUGGAGAGCUCACUAUCAAAGUGCAGCUUCCGUGGCUGGGGUGUUUCUGACUGCACACGUGAACAGAAUGCAGGAGUCGUCUGUGAGGCUGGGGUUCCACAAACACCAACCCAGAGACCGUUUGCACAAAAACCAACCCUGAGUUUGGUUCCUGUCACGACUCAGAAAAGUACAUUUCUCAUGUGUGUUAUUGAGGAUUUCUACCCCAAGCACAUCACUGUACAAUGGAAAGAAAAUAAUACCGACAUCUCUAUACUGUCAAAACUGGAGUACGGACAGAAUGCUGAAGGUCUUUACACAGCGUACAGUCUUUAUAAAGUCAGCAGUGAGACGUGGAACACAAAUUACUAUACCUGUGAGGUCACACACCAACAAAAAAACACUACUGUAAACUUUAGUGUAGCUAAACUCACACUGGAGCUGAGACCACCUAUUGAGAGAGAAUUAUUUGUCCAUGAUAAAGUUGUCUUGGAAGCUGUUGUUUCUGGAGAUGCACAGGCAGUGGAAAAAGCUUUCGUGUCAUGCAAAGUGGAGAAUGCAGCUGUGUUCAGUUCACCAGGAACUACAUACUUUUCUCAGGACAUUUCACAGUUUAUAAAAAUCAACAACAUCACUGUUGAUACAAAGAAAUGGUUUGAUGGUGAAAUGGUCACUUGCACCGUGCAUGACACACUUAAUAACAAAGACAUCAAGCAAGAGAUUCGUUUUGAUAAAGGAGAUGGAUCGAAGCCUAGUGUUUUCAUUUACAAACCUGAAAUUAUUGACACAGACUUCAUCUCUCUGGUGUGUGAGGUCUCCAGCCCUAAACUUGGCACUAUUUAUAUCAUGUGGAAAGUGGGCGAUGGGCCUUACAUAAAGGGCUCAACCAGUGCUCCCAUCUAUAAAAAGGACUACAUGUCUGUUCUCAGCAUACUAACAAUGUCAAAAGAGGAAUAUGAAAGGUACAACAUCAUCACCUGUGCAGUUAAACAUGCCAACUUGAUUAAUAGAAGUUCUCCACUACAAGUUUCAACAUCCAAUAGUAAACAGCUAGACUUUUCUUGUUAUUAAUGUACAAGUACUGUGCUAAAUCUGUUGCUCACUUUUAUGUUCUCCAGUCAUUUUGUACUGUUGCUCUCGUCAAAUUAUGUAUCCUUGUUGUUUUUGGGCACUUUUCUGUCUGUAUCUGUAUCACUGAACUUCAUGGAUCAAACAUCAAUGCCAAAUUACAGUCCAAACUAUGUGUUUAAUUUGUUACUGCAUGCAAAUAAAUAUGGCCACACAAAACAUAACCAGCAUAAUAUCACAAGUGUGACAAAUCAGAGUUUUCAAGAGAAUGUCCUUACUGUAGUGCUGUUAACCUAUUCAUGCCAUCUAAUUAUAAUCACCUUUUUUACAUUGUUUACUAAAAAUGAUCAUUUCAAAUCCAA